AUGUCCUUGGAAACCGCUCCUCUUCCCCUGACAGCUCGACCUCGGCUCCUGUCGAACUCACUUCUUCAGAACAAACUGCCGCUGAAUCCUCACCAGCCGCCGACUCCUCAUCAACUGCCUUGGCGAAGCAGCCUGGGACAUCUUCCUCGGCGGAUUCUGGUCCUGCUCCUUCCUCGCCACAGCCCGUUGCACCUCCUCCCCGGCGUGGCAAUCGUGAGCGAGCUCGGCCACGACAUCUUGAGGCUUAUGAAACCAUCUACAAUACCCAUGUUACGUCUACUACUACUCCUCAGGGAAGCCCCACUCCUUCUGUUACUUAUCCCUUGGCUGCAUACGUUUCAUAUGAUCAUGUUAAUUCCAAUUAUUCCUCAUUUUUUGCUGCAAUAA